CUGAGUGUUCUUUUUUUCUCUCAAUAUGCCCUGCAGACUUCUAGGAAAAGUCGCGCGGAGAUCUUUGGCACCCAAAUACCACGUUGUGUCCUGACAAUGGCCCUCAACAUGAUGUCUAGUUACGUGCUUUUGGCAGCAGCGGUGCUGCUGUCUUCCCAGGCACUGGUACUCAAUGUAACAACAGACCAAGUGGAAGUAGGGAAAACAAGAAAUGUUUCCCUAGAAUGUCUCGACAACUUCCCCCAUCCGGAAAAUUCUGAGGUUGUAAUGAUAAGAGUGCUGAAAAAAGACCAUGCUGGGUGGAACAGUUUUGCAGAGAUCCGCGAUUGCGACACGGAAGUACGGCCAAAACGUAAGGGUGUGCUCGCUGUGGCCAACAAGACCCUCACUGUAAACAGCUUUCUGCGGAUCACGUGGCCCGUGGCGACUGACGAUACCAUAGGCACAUUCAGGUGUGACGUAAUUAGCCUGACGUCCUGGGAGGGUGUCAACUGGCAAAAAAGCCUACCCACGUUCAUAUUCCGUAAGAGUGACGUCACACUGCAGAUCCUUAGCAGCAUUGUGGAGGAGAACAAGAACGAUUACCUCCAGCGACUGCGAUCUCAGAGGGAAACCAUUCUGGAGCACGUGACAACCACGGCGGAAGAAGGCAAGAGACAGUGUGUGCAGCAAAAAGAGAACCUUCUACAAAACGUCACCGCGACCGUCGAAUCUCUGCGAGAGAGUUUUGAGAGCGAGUGGAAGAGCCAGCUACAGGUCCUGAGCCACACAGUAGACCAGAACAAGAGGGAGUGUCCACAUCAGAUGCUGUCCCAGAAACGCCAGAUUCUGGAAAAUGUGGAGACGAUCAUGGAGCAGAACAAACUAGCGUCUGUACAACUGGAAGGACGCAUUCUUGGCAACGUCACAGCGACUUUUGAACAAAAUGAACUGAAGUUAUCACAACUGGAAGAACGCAUUCUCGGUAAUGUCACAGCGACUUUUGAACAAAAUGAAAUGAAGUUUGUACAACUGGAAGAACGCAUUCUCAGCAACGUCACGGCGAUGAUUGAGGCACUUAAAGCGGGUUAUGAGCACAGGGUGAGCACCAAGAAGAGUCAGGUGCAGCCCAAUACGUGUGCUGACGUCACGAUUCAAGCGCCCCGGCCAGUGGUUACCCUUUAUAACGGCAUGCAAGUCGUCUGUGACACUGAGACAGACAACGGAGGCUGGAUCGUGGUCCAGAGGCGUACCUCGGCCGACGUGGACUUUUUCCGGGGCUGGGUGGACUACAAAAAUGGGUUCGGAGACCUGUCUGGAAACUUCUGGUUUGGGCUGGAGAAAAUCCACCAAAACUACUACGCCAUUUACAAAAACUUUUUGCUGCUUGGAGAAUCCGAGAAUUACAAAAUUAAGAUCUCCGGAUAUUCAGGUAAUGCAGGGGACCAAAUGAAUUAUCACAAUGGCCAGGCGUUCAGUACGAAGGACCGUGACAACGAUCAAAACAGUCCUAACAACUGUGCUAGUAUACGUCACGGAGCUUGGUGGUACAACACUUGCGCGUACGUGAACCUCAACGGGGCGUGGGCCUCAGAGGAGUACGCCAAGGGAGUGUUUUGGGUCAGUUUAACAGGGUGGGACAACUCUGCCGCCUUCAGUGAAAUGAAAAUAAGACCACUCGCAAAGUAACAACUUUAUGACAGCGAAUACUCGGUCUUUUGAUAAUGUACGAAAUUUGCGCGUCCAUGUAUAAUUUUGUUUGAAGGAAAGAGGAAAAACGGACAAUCCAUUUUUAAAAUGACAGCUUUAUGACAGCGAAUACUCGGUGUUCUGAUUAUAUACGAAGCUUGUGUGUCCAUGUAUUAUUAUGUGGAGGGAGAUACACCUGAUAAAAUGCGAAAUUACCGAAUCACGAAUUAGUGGUUCAUUUCUAGUUAUUGGGGAGCGGCUAUUAUUCUAGUUUACUUUGGUUUUUAAAUUUUCAGAAUCUGUUAAAUAGUUUUAUUUUACAAAUGUUUUUCUGAACCUAGGUGUAAGCAGUUGAUGUGAUUUUUACUCUGUUUACCCUAGCAACGAGUUUGUUUUGAUUUUGUAUGGGAAAGGUGCGCUAUUUGCAUUGUCAAAAAUUGUUCAAAAUAAUGAACUACUCCCUUUCAAGGCUGAAAUCAGAGACACUAAAAUAUAUUUAAAUACUCUCUGCUGAAAUUCAACAUUGUAAACAUUGGGAAGCGAAACGAAACGAAACACUUGAAACCGUGAGAACAAAGUGAGAAGGAAGAGGCUAGCCGUACUUAAUGACUUAAGUACUUAAGUACGACUAGACUCGCAGUGU